UGGGCGGGCUCUUAGACUCGGUUGACGUUGUUGUUGAAAGUGGAGUGGAAAUUACUUUGUGGCUGAUGGUCCGGCUUGGGGAUUUGACGGUUAGUUACCCCACGAGAAGAUGCUCCAAAGUUAACCACUGUCCAUUUUCACCGAGUGGGCGAAAGUAGGAGGACGGGAAGGAUGAAAACAUCUGCGGGGCUGCUCAAGGAGAGAACGUACCUGCCCCCGGAAAAAGAAAUGGCUCGGCUCGGACGGCCUGUACUGCAGAGACAAGACGACGUGACCCAAGCUGCCGAAGGGCGUCAGGCGAGCGCGGUCCCUGCCCGCGAUGCCUCACCCGCUGCGACUUCCCUGACGCACACCUCCGGCCCCGCGGGGGGCAGUGACGAGCAACUGCUGAACACACCCGAGUUCACCUUCCAGCUGCCCGACCUCAGCAUGUACCAGGACGACUUCCAGGUCAGCGAGAGGGACCUGAUCGAGAAGUCCAUGAUGGUGGCCUUGGAACACGCCGGACGCCUGAAUUGGUGGACCAAAGUGGUUCCAAACUGUCAGAGUUUGCUGCCCCUGACGACAACAGGGGACGGAAACUGCCUGUUACACGCCGCCUCGCUCGGCAUGUGGGGCUGUCAUGACCGCGACCUGUCGCUGCGCAAGGCGCUGCACGAGCAGAUGGAUCACGGCGACAAGCAGGAGGCCCUCAAGCGCCGCUGGAGGUGGCAGCUGACCCAGCAAAACAAAGAGUCGGGCCUGGUCUACAGCGAGGAGGAGUGGCAGAAGGAGUGGAACGAGCUGCUGAAACUGGCCUCCAGCGAGCCUCGGGUCAACUACAAUAACCACGUCAACAGCAGGGGGGAGUCCUCGGACGAGCCCGUGUACGAGAGCCUGGAGGAGUUCCACGUGUUCGUCCUGGCCCACAUCCUCAAGCGGCCCAUCGUGGUGGUGGCCGACACCAUGCUGAGGGACUCUGGAGGAGAGGCUUUUGCCCCCAUUCCAUUCGGGGGCAUCUUCCUGCCCUUGGAGGUGGCGUCCACCAUAUGCCACCGCUCUCCGCUGGUGCUGGCCUACGACCAGGCUCACUUUUCGGCGCUGGUGCCCAUGGAGCAGAAGGACGGCGCGGCCGAGCAAGUGGUCAUCCCGCUCACUGACUCAGAGCACAAAAUGCUUCCUUUGCACUUUGCCGUGGAUCCAGGACAAGACUGGGAGUGGGGGAAGGACGACACCAACAACAAGAAGCUUGGCAGUGUGACUCUCUCGUUGGAAGCAAAGCUCCAGAUGCUUCACAGCUACAUGACUGUCAACUGGCUGCCGCUGCCCUGCGAGCAAGCGCCGCUGGCCCAGCCUGAGUCGCCCACCGCGUCAGCCGGAGACGACGUCCGCACACCUCCAGACUCCGGUGAGUCGGACAAGGAGUCCGUCAGCAGUAGUUCCAAUGGCAACGGAGACGCCGGCCCCGCAGGAUCCACGGUGAACGGUGGCGGACCCUUGGCCAAGAACAACUCAUCUGCUUCGUCCACGUCCUCCAACGGCGGGACGCCCACGAUGGGACAAAAAGACAAAGCCAAGAAGGAGAAGGAGAAAAAGAGGGCCGAGUCGGUAGCCAACAAGCUGGGCAGCUUCGGAAAGACGCUAGGCAGCAAGUUCAAGCGGAAUGUGGGCGGUCUCAUGACGGGCAAGAACGGGGGUGUCGGACAAGGCAAGAAGGAGAGCGGACACAAAAAGAAAGGCUCGACAGGGGCCGAGAAGAACGCCAAGGACGGCUCACCUGCUACGCCCCACGCGUCUGAAGACUCCGGCAAGGGCUCGCCCUCAUCGGGCAGCGAGCGCCUCAACGGGACGGGCAGCAGCACGAGCAGCAGCGGCGGAGGGAGUGGCACGGAGGGCGAGACCUACAAGUACGGCGCUGACGUCAAGGUCAGCCUGGGCAUCAUCAAGGCAGCCAUGCACGGCGAGCGGAAGUUCGUGUUCGCCGGCAUGCUGACCACCGACAACCAGCACCCGCUGCGAAAGCAGAGGAUUCAGCGCUACCUCACCGAGGUGGAGGAGCGCUCCCGGGCCGAGCAGGAGCAACGGCGCGAGGCCGAGCGCAAGGGCGUGGCCUACGCUGUCGUGCCGCCCAAAAAUGGGCCGGUGACAGUUGAGCUGGGCGAGAAUCCAUCGCCCUCAUUCAACCAGCUCAAGACCUCAUUCCUUAGCCCUUCCAUGUGCACUGGCGUGGUUCCCAUCCCGCGGCCGUCCCUGACAGACGAGCCGCCCUCUGCGGCGCACCUCCACAUGCACUACGUUGAUACGCGACGCCAAUUGGCCGGCGGCUCGCCAGCGGCCUCCUACCCGUCGUACAUCACCCUUCCAAGGCACUGCUCAGGGGCACAGGGCGGCACCUCAAACGCACCUAACUCUCACUAUAAUAACGAUGCGGUGUCCUCGUACCCGCCAGAGCUCAUCCCGCCAGACUAUACCAGGUUCUGCCCCCCCAACGGCUUCCUGGAGCCCGGUAGUGCGCUUCCGGCAGUGCGCCACUACUCCCUGGGCAGCGUGGGCGCUCUUCCCAGCCUGCCGUCCAGUCUUUGUCGGACCCCCAACUGUGUCUACUACGGACUCCCCGAGACGGGCAACUACUGCUCCUCCUGCUAUCGCAAUAACAAGGACACGGAGCCCGUAAUCCAGAGGUUCUGACCCGAUUUCCCGUGAUGAGUGGCCUUCUUCAGUUCAGUUUGGGCACAGUUGGCUACCGCUUCCUGGCUCGGGAAGAGACACGGUCCCUAGACUCAAGCAGGGUGGUCUCGCAUCCCUAGAAAACUGCACUUCUGUUACAUUUUUGCUGCGGCUCUUAUGCAGUUGUCCGAGUGUGUGUGUUUGUGUGUGUGUGUGUGUGUGGGGGGGGGGGGGGGGGUCCUCCUCUCACUACAAAGGGCUCGUCCUCUUCAUCCAUAUUCAAGUCCUGGCCUCUGUCACUUCCUAGUGGGGAGAAUGUAAAUGACAGGACAGGCGCCUGCACAGUACAGAGCGUGGAAACUGAGGGAUGCAUAAAGAAGAGAGCGUGUCACCACAAGCGGUAUGAGCAAGCCAUUUGAGCAUUUGUUCGAUAUCCAACUAGUGCACUGAAUUGUCUGACGAGUGAGGACAAUGUGCGUACUCGCACAUGGACCUUAUGCUGGAUACCUUUUGGAAUGAAUCAAAUGUUCAAAAUGUUUAAUUGAAA